AUGACAGUUCUGCAACCGGCAUUCUUUCUAUUAACGAUUUGCGGAUGUUGGCGACCCUCUAUGUGGACUAUGAGAUACAAAAGGGUGUUGUACACUUUGUACACGAUCCUGGUGAUCUCCUUUCUGCACACCUUUUGUAUAUCGCAAUUUUUGAACGUGAUACUGAACGUGGAAACGGCGGACGAGCUCAGCGAUAGCGUCUACAUGUUCAUCGCGAAUGUUCUGUCCUGUUUUAAGAUAAUCACGCUGUUGAUGAAUCAUAAUAAUAUCGAGAUGUUGUGUAAAAAACUUAACAGGAAGCCUUGCAAGCCACGGAAUCACGAAGAGGCGAAGAUUCAGCGUAGCUUCGACAAUAGAAUCGGAUCUGUCACGAUAUAUUACACAGCACUAGUGGAGACCACCGUUCUCUGCAUGAUUCUAUCCUCCAUAUUCACCGACUUUCGGCACAAGAAACUUGCGUACAACGCCUGGUUGCCUUUCAAUUAUUCCUCGAGAAGAUUGUAUUACGUUGUAUACGGCCAUCAGAUUAUCGCUCUGAUCGGAACGUCCCUUCUGAACGUCGCGUGCGACGUUGUAAUCUGCGGUUUGUGCGUUCACUCGUGCAGCCAGGUCGAGAUUUUGAAGCACCGACUGGAAGAGCUACCAAUGCAAGUCAGACCACAGAUCGGGGAUAUCGUUCAUUUCCAUAAUUACCUCUAUGGAUACGUCGACACUAUACAGCAGAAGUUUCGCGUGAUAAUCGGUGUUCAGCUUGUGUCCAGUACACUGGUGGUGUGUUUCAUUCUGUACGAAUUAUCGAAUACACCGUUGAUGACUGCUAAAUACUUGCAGUUCCUUCUAUACAUGGCUUGUAUGAUGACGCAGAUAUUCUUUUACUGCUGGUACGGGAACGGUUUGAAGUUGAAGAGCGUACAAGUGGUGGACACGAUAUCCGAGAUGGAUUGGACGCGUCUCGAUAAUAGCACGAAGAAAAGCCUGAUCAUGAUCAUGAGAAGAGCCAUGAAUCCGAUCGAGUUGAGCAGCACGUACGUGUUCACGAUGGACCUGAACACUUUCGUGAGCAUCCUGAAGAUGUCUUAUUCGACGUACAACUUGCUACAAAGAAAGAAACAAAUGUAG